AUGUCGAACUAUCAAGGUGGGUAUCCUCCUCCAGAAGGAUACCCUCCUGAGCAGCAACAACAGCAAUACUACCCACCACAAUACCAAACUUAUGGGGAAGGUGAUUCUCAGCCCUUAAUGACUCCUCAAGGUGGUGGUGGCGGCGGCGUAUCUUUCGCUGAGCCUGAUCGAUCUUCACGUCAUUUUGGUAGAGCUCCAGCGCGCCAACCACGUCGUUACAAAACUACAAAACGCGUGGAAUUAUUUAAGGGUAAUUUGGUUUUAGAUUGUCCUGUACCUACUGAAUUAUUGAAAAAAGUUCAAAGAAGGGAGGAUAGAGAGUUCACACAUAUGAGAUACACUGCAUGCACGUGUAAACCUGAUGACUUUGAACAAGAGAAAUAUACACUUCGUCAAAUGCUUUAUGAUCCCCCAAGGCAAACUGAACUAUUUAUAGUGUUGACUAUGUAUAACGAAGACGAAAUCCUUUUUGCCCGCACUUUUCAUAGUGUUGUAAAAAACAUUACUCAUCUUUGCAGUCGUGACCGCUCUCGUGUUUGGGGUGAAAAUGGAUGGAAAAAAGUUGUUGUUUGUGUUGUAUCCGAUGGUCGUUUAAAAAUUAAUCAACGUACUUUGGCUUAUUUGGCUGCAAUUGGUGUAUAUCAAGAUGGCAUUGCAAAAAAUACUUUCAACAAUAAGGAUGUUACUGCUCAUAUUUAUGAGUAUACAACUCAACUUUCAAUUGAUCCUGAUAUGAAAUUUAAAGGUGAAAAGGGUGAAAUCGUUCCUAUUCAAGUCUUAUUCUGUCUUAAAGAAAAGAAUGCUAAAAAGAUUAACUCUCAUCGUUGGUUUUUCAACGCAUUUGGUACUUUAAUUAAACCAACCGUAUGUAUUCUUCUUGAUGUUGGUACAAAACCUGGUGGUACUUCCUUAUAUCAUUUAUGGAAAGCUUUUGAUCUCAAUUCUAAUAUUGCUGGCGCUUGUGGUGAAAUCGUUGCUAUGAAAGGAACUGCUGGUGUUAAUCUCUUAAAUCCUAUUGUUGCCGCUCAAAACUUUGAAUAUAAAAUAUCCAAUAUUUUGGAUAAACCACUUGAAUCUGUAUUCGGUUAUAUCACUGUAUUACCCGGUGCUUUCUCCGCUUACCGUUAUCGAGCUCUUCAGAACGACAUAAAUGGAAAUGGUCCUUUGGCUUCUUACUUUUUGGGUGAAGCUGCUCAUGGCGAUGAUGCCGAUAUAUUCACCGCUAAUAUGUAUCUCGCUGAAGAUCGUAUCCUUUGUUUCGAACUGGUGGCCAAGCGUAAUUGUUCUUGGUUAUUGCACUAUGUUAAAUCUGCAUACGCGGAAACUGAUGUACCUGAUCAAGUGCCUGAAUUAAUCUCUCAAAGACGACGUUGGUUAAAUGGUUCUUUCUUUGCUGGUGUUUAUGCUAUUUGUCAUACUUUUGCUAUUUGGAGAAGUGAUCAUACUGUGAUUCGCAAAAUCUUUUUACACAUCGAAAUGGUGUAUCAAGCAUAUACCCUUUUUUUCUCAUGGUUUGCAUUGGGUAAUUUCUAUUUGACAUUUUACAUUUUAGGCAAUUCUUUAACCGAUCCGUUGGUUAUUGAAGGCCUUUGGAGUAAAACCGCGGGUGACAUAAUUUUUCAGAUCUUACGUUACGUUUAUUUGGCAUUACUUUUGAUUCAAUUCGUUUUAGCCAUGGGAAAUAGACCUCAAGGAUGGGCCUACGUCAGCUCAAUAGUAUUCUUUUCUGGCCUUAUGUUAUACAUGUUGUUCGCAACAGGUUGGCUUACAUAUAAAGGAGUUAAAUUCCAGUUAGAAGAAUUGCGUAACACAAGUAGCCUUACUGGUGCCAACAUGUCCACCGCUGGAGCCAUUUUUAGCGAUUCUACUUUUAAAAAUAUUAUCCUUUCUGUGGUCACUACAUAUGGAUUAUAUAUCUUUGCAAGUUUCUUGUUCUUUGAUCCAUGGCAUAUGUUCACUAGCUUAGGACAAUAUCUGCUAUUGGUACCAUUUUAUAUAAAUAUCUUAAACGUUUACGCGUUUUGUAACGUCCAUGAUGUCAGUUGGGGUACAAAAGGUGAUACAGGAGCAGUAAAAAACUUGGGUACUGUUUCUGCACCUGGGAAAGAAGGAAAAGUCGAUGUUGAAGCACCUGUUGAUCAAAAGGAUAUUAAUGCUGCAUAUGAUGAAGCUGUUACUGAGUUAGCACGGCAUGUUGAAGAGGUACACAAGGAACCUUCAAAAGAAGAAAAACAAGAAGAUUAUUAUAAAGCAUUCCGUACAGAAGUAGUACUUGCUUGGAUCAUUAGCAAUGCUGCAUUAGUAGCUGUUAUUACAAAUGCCAGUGAAACCUUAAGUUCAAUAUUGCCUCAACAAAAAAGAAGUAAUGAUUAUAUGGCUUUCAUUCUUUGGUCUGUAACUGGAUUAGCUGCUUUUAGAUUUAUCGGUUGUUGCACGUAUUUACUUUUUAGAUUAUUUACUGGUUAG